ACAAGAAGCAUCCAUCUUGCGUGUAUUUUGGGUGUUGAUUCCUGGUAACGUUAGUGGUUGUCAGUUGCUAUGGGCAACGAGUCUGCUUGUAGCCUAGCCGACACCGAGAGCGAGAUAAAAGAAGAUUAUGAGAGGUUUUUAGUUAUUCUUCAAAGGUUUUUCUGCAUCAUUUUUCCCUCUGCUGUGGCACAUUGCACUAAAAAUAAUAAUGCCUAUAUAUCCAGGUUCCUUUUUGUUAUCAGAACUAUGUAAAAGUACAGUCUUUUUGCCCUCCAGCGUUGUGCGCAUGCGCGAAAUUUCCGGACGUAAACAAUAACAACAUGUCGGACCGCCCCACCCGGAGGCGGUCCGACAUGAGAGAAUAAACCCGCUGCCGGUAAGGCGCUGUCUGACACCACGCCUACCCAGAGCGCCGCUCUGCAACGCCGGAUGACAAAUGAUGCACACCCACACUAACACACAGAGGAAUAACUUUACAGUAGCGACCAGGGCGCUCCACAGACUGCUGCGCCGCAGACUCUUGUGAAAACAAGCUUCCAGCCCCCCUCUCGGCGAAAGGAAAUGAAGAGGAGGCUCCACAAGAAGUACUUGGUUUUGAUUCUGGCAUAUACAGGCUUACUUCUGCUUAUCCCCUAUGUGUUAGAUAACCGGGAUAAAUCCGCCCAGAAUGCCAAACUGCCGCAGCAACAGCCCAGAUGCCCCGACCUGGAGAAGACUGUGGCGCUCCUCUGGGAUAACGGUUUCAAAACCAACGGCAGCGACGCGGCGGAGAACCCGGCGCCGACGAACAGGAGCCAGACCCGGACGCACAUCUACCUGCAUGCCACCUGGAGGACCGGCUCGUCGUUCCUGGGGGAGCUGUUCAACCAGCACCCAGACGUUUUCUACCUGUACGAGCCCAUGUGGCACAUCUGGCAGGCGCUGUACCCCGGCGACGCGGGCAGCCUGCAGGGCGCGGUGCGCGACAUGAUGAGCUCCCUGUACCGCUGCGACUUCUCAGUCCUUAAACUUUACGCCGGCUCGCAGAACAUCACCACGGCGUUCAUCUUCGGCUGGAAGAUGAACAAGGUGAUCUGCUCAGAGCCGCUGUGCGACGCGCACCGGCGCCACGAAAUCGGGCUGGUGAGGGAGGACCAGUGCGCCAAGUGCGAGAAGCGGGACCUGCGGGAGCUGGAGAGGGAGUGCAAGAAGUACCCGGUGAUGGUGAUCAAGGGGGUGCGCGUUCUGGACCUGAGCACCCUGGUCCCGCUGAUGAGAGACCCGGCGAUCAACCUGCAGAUCAUCCAGCUCUUCAGGGACCCGCGAGCCGUGCACAACUCGCGGCUCAAGACCAAGCAGGCCCUGGUGAAGGAGAGCAUCCAGGUGCUGCGCAGCAAGAAGCAGAGCGACAAGUACAAGCGGCUGCUGGUGCCCAGCAACAGGAUGAACCGGGCGGAGAGCUACGUGGCGAGCGCCAUGGAGCUGAUCUGCGACAACUGGCUGAGCGACGUGAUGCUGAUGAUGAACGCUCCCCCGUGGGUGAGAAGGAACUACCUGCGCCUUCGCUACGAGGACCUGGUGCUGCGCCCCAUGGAGGAGCUGCAGCGGCUCUUCCGCUUCUCCAAACUCUCCAGCUUCCCGGCGCUGGAGAGGUUCGCGCUGAACAUGACGCGCGGCCAGGGCUACUCAUCGGACAAGCCCUUCCUCAUAUCGUCCAGGGACGCGAAGGAGGCGAUCUACGCGUGGCGGGAGCGGCUGAACGUGGAGCAGAUCGGCCAGGUGGAGGCCUACUGCAGCGAAGUGAUGAGGCAGCUGGGCUACGAGAGGAACACCGUGGUGGAGAAAAGCACAUGAGGAUCGGAAAGCAGCAUGUGGUCCUCCUAAUCAAGGCUGAGGGGCAGAAGGUGGAAUAACAAAACAGGCUGCAGGAAUGCAGUCCGCUAGGAGCUCUCAAGCGUGCCUCUUGGGUUGUUUUUAUCCUCACCCGAGCUGGGUCGAUGAACUGGAGAAAUGGUGAUACUGAAAAGACGAGGAGGAGGAGGUUGUGUAUGUGUGUGUGUGUGUGUGUGUGAGAGAGAGAGAGAGAGGGUGAUUGGGGGGGGAGAGAAAGAGCAGCCAAUCGGACUCAGUUGGAUUUGAAACGAGGAGAAGGAAGCUUAUUUUCUCACCGUGCUGCCUGUUCGACACCAAGAGGGUCCCGUGGAGACGCGGAGGAGUUGGGGGUGGGAUGUGGGGGUAAAACAAGAGACGGGGGCUGGUUUGUGCUGCCGUUACUCUGGCCGACCUCUGUCCUUUUUAGAAGCACUAAUCCCUCCUCAAAUCCUGUUCAAACCGGGGCCAUAAAAAACCUGAGAUGGGGGCCCUUUCUCGGGACAUGGAUCCAGGGUGGCAGUGUUAAGUUCGGCCUUACUGCAGCGACUUAUCCGUCCGGUCUGUGACUAAGCACAACAGCAAACCCCAGUACUACCGACUUAUCGAGUUUUAUUUAUUUUUUCUCCCCUCCAGGGGGGCUCUAGUGUCCCUUAUAUGACAGAAGGCUGAUAGAAAGGGGGAAGACGUGCAGCAAAUGUCGCCAUGCCCGGGAAUUGAACCCGCAACGGCCGCGUGAGGACUCAAGGCCUCCAAACAUGGGUCGCACUAUCCCCUACGCCACCACAGCACGCCCUGACUUACCGAUUUUAAACAGAGACUGGCUCACUAACAGUGCUGAAAGAAGAAACUACAGUAUUUUUCUGGGGUGGGGGAAAAGCCCAAAAACCCCUCCGACUGAGAAGCUAUUGUUCUGCCUCUGGCCUCUCUCAGGAAUCCGGACAGCUGCAAGAGCCUCUUUGACAAAUCUCUCACGUGGGUGUGAAAUUUUCUGAUCAACCGCAGAAUUCCUGAAGUCCUGCUUCUGUCCCCCGACCGGUGGACCUCUGUGUUUCCUUUAAUCCGCAGCGGUCCACAUCGUCCUCCGAUCCAGUGACGUCCCCGUGGUCAAGGAGGCGUUUCUGGGGGUUCGACACCAUCGACACGUUUGAUUUCAGAAGUCGGUUCUAUUAGAAUAUUCUUACAUGAAUACUUGUGGAAAUGUGAACAAAAGAAGGACCCUUAAAUUCAACUAAAGUUUGUUACUGUUUGUAUUAAUUCUGAAGUCAUGAUUUCCAGAUUCAUACGGUUCAUUAUUGACCAGUAAGAACCCUCUUUGUUGCAUGAGCUGGGUUUAUCCAAAACAUUUCCCUCAAAUGAGAAGUAGAAUUGGACCGCGGCAACAAAACAUGUGACUCCUAAAUGGGAUGUUCUUCAAUAGCAGCCAAUCACAGCUGAUCAUCAUGAAUAAUGCUUUGCAAAAGUAGUCAAACGUUCUUGGUAGGGAUUUUUUUCCCAGCAGAUCCAACACAAAGUGGUGCAUAAUUAUGAAGAAUUAUGUUCUUUUUUUUUUUUUUAAACAAAGAAAUCUACAUUCAGAUCAACUUUGGCCAGUCUUCCUGUCCAAUCAUCUCCAUCACAUGAUGCAGCCACCACCAUGUUUCACUCUGGGAAUGGUGAGUUCAGGGUAAUGGGCCGGGUUAGCUUUCUGAAUGUAGGCCCAAAAAAAGAUAUGUUGGUGUCCGAGCAGCAAAUGGUAAAUGGAUUGUACUUGCAUAGCACUUUAUAGCACUUGUACAUUUAGUAGUGCUUUCACACUAUGACGCAGCAGUGUGAAAUUAAUUUAUCUAUUCAUUCGCAUGAAUGUGCAAUGUGCUGGCCCCAACCGGGCCCUCUGACCGCCACCGGCAGGCAAGGCGGGUGAAGUGUCUCGCCCAAAGACACAACAACCAAGAUGGGUGGAGCAAGACUCCAACCUGAAAUGAUGAUAGCUAUUAAAUACAGAAAAUGCUGGUUAAAUCUAUUUUUUUAACGACUUAAUUUUGGAACCCCCUCUAGCGCAGCGCCCCUAUGUGGCGCAUACCCAACCGUCGCCAGCGUCUUCCCAACAGCGUGUACCUUGAUGUUUGUUCAUUACUGUUCUCUUAGUCCUCUGCCAUCCAGAUGUAAUCAGCCACUCUGAGUCGAUACAUUAUAGAUGCACCUUUCACCUGUUUUUUGGAGUACACCUCUCCCAACUUCGCACGUCUGAUUGACUGAAGUUUUUCUAUCCUCUGCGAAAAAGCUGACAUUUUCAGUCAGAUUAGACAAAGAAUAUCUGCCAAUGCAGAUUUUCAAGUCUUGCCACGGAUCCUUGAUUUAGACGAUAAGAUUUGAGGUAAAAACCAAUCGACUGUAGCUUUAGCUGUGUUUUUAAGGUCACUUUCGGGCCAGAAAAACAGGUUUUCUUCCAGUAUUACCUUGUUUUAGCUCUAUCCAUAUCCACAUCAAUGACCAGCUUCCCUGUCUGUCCCCACUCAAGAAAUGAUUCUACCUCUGCAAUGUUGCUCCCAUAUGAUCACAGCAAUCUUUUUUUUUUUUUUACAGAGUUGAAUCAUGUUUCCCAUGAAUACUUUUGCAAAGCAUUGUAUAUGUAUGUAUAUAUUGAUGUACUAGUUCAUAAAGUAAGCAUUAGGUGCUGGUUUAAGGCCAUUAUUUUAGGGCCAUUACAGUCAUCACUAAGAACAUUUACAACAAAUUUGGUUAUCAUUUGUUAUUAUUAUGAUAUCACUAUAACUUAACAUUCUAUUAUGUGAUUGAUGGGUUUUUUUGGGGGGAAUUAUGUCUAAAUUCAAGGUGAGUUAGUGAGGAAGAUCACAUUUUAGCUCCACUAUGGUGCAUUUUAUUAAAGCUGCAGUGUGUAACUUUUAUAAUUAUUAUUUUUUAUAUAUAUAUUUAUUGAAACUGUCACCAUGUUGUGACAGCAUGAUUUGAGACAGAUAAUCCGUGAAAAGAUCGAGCUCUUCCGCCUUCUCCCAGUGCCAGUCUUCUGUAAUAGUAAGUCACCAUUGGCACAUGUAACAGUAUUGAUCGACAGCGCUAAGACCCUCCUCCUGGCUCUGAUUGGUUGUUUCUUCAGCUAGCAAUCGUAGCUCUGCUGUGAAGUGGAGCAGAUUGAUCUUUUCACAGAUUUUCUGUCUUGUGUCAGUCUCACAAACAAAUGUGGAACAACAAAGUUACAUACUGCAGCUUUAGAUCGUUAAUUUAAAAGGCUUUCCGAGUUAAGUGGAGCACACCACUGGGGAACCCAGAACUUCAAGAUUUUUAUUAACAUGUUGACAUGCAGACCAUGGCACACAGAACCUGUCACCCAGCCGCCGCUGGAAACGACAGGUGCACAUAUUGACACUUUGGCUACAUCUCAUAUUUCUCAGGUGCAGAGAGGGUUUAAAUAUAGCCGACAGGACAACUGACAGCACAGCAGUGUGGAGGGCGAGAAGUGCACAUGAAAGAUUAGCGAAGAGUUCAACAAGUGUCCUCUGCUUGCCGUACUGUGUGACUCUCUUGGGUUUGCUGGUCUGUUACGUACUCCCUCUUGUCUUUUGAGGGGACAACGCUACACCAUGUCUCAAUCCAUGCAAGGUCCUGUUCUGUGAAUUGUCUUCGAAUAAAGGAGAGACCGAAAGGGACAUUUUUAACACAAA